AUGGCAAACGAACGGACACCACUGUAUGCCCAUAGACUUUUCCGAGAGAAUGUAGACGAUUCUGGUGAACAAAUAUACACAAAGAGUGACUCUUUUUAUCAAGUAAAGCCUAAGAGGAAACAACGUUUACCAGUUGAAUUAGAAUUCAGCUUGAACAAUGGAAUUAUAUUACCUCAGACAAAGAUUCCCGGGAAGUUUGGUGAAAAAAAGAUACCUUUUCUUCUUCAAUGUGCGUUGGUGGUGGCUUGUAUACUGGCAAUAAUUCUGUCAAUAGGGUUCGGAUACAGCUUAAGCGUGUUAUACGCGGAGUUGAUUCGGGAGUUCAACGCGGACAGGACUCUGGUGGCUUUUAACCAGAGCAUCUAUGAGGCGCUGUUAGCUGUUGGGGGAGCAUUGUGGAGUUACCCGGUCUCCAAACUCGGAUAUGGCUACUCCAUUAUGAUUGGCGGCUUUCUUGGAAGCUUUAGCAUGGCUAUCUGCUCGUUGGCAAAAAACGUUCCGACUGUGAUUGUUCUCGUCGGAUUUAUAUCCGGGGCUUCUUUCGGCGUUGUCUAUAUGGGACCAUUUAUUGUUGCGGGUGACAUUUCUAAGCGAUACAAAGCGGCUGUCAUUGGAUUUGUAUCCAUUGGUUCAAGCUUUGGUCAAUUUGCCAUGCCAUACGCGAUGGAAAGGUGCAUUUCCGAAUACGGCUGGGAAGGUGCGCUGCUGGUACUUGGCGCUUUGUGUUUGAAUGCCGUUCCAUGCGGACUGAUCAUGCUCGUUGUACACAGAGCGAGAGGUGCCGAAGGGGACAGUGCCCAGUCAGCUUCUGCGAAACGAAGCUUGUUCAAAUCAUCUCUUUUCAAUAGUAAAAUGUUUUGGCUGUUGAUGCUAAAUUCGAUUAUACUCGCAUUUACGAUCCUCGCAGAGAGUAGAUUUUUGGUGGAUCUUGCAGAACUACGAGGUUACACACGAACGGAAGGGUCGUUCUUAAUCCAGAUGAUCGGAGUCGGAAAUCUCGUCGGUGGAUUAAUGGGGGUUGCAUCAAAAAUAGUGUGCAGACUAAGCAGCGCCGCUCACAUGUCAUACUGUAUUCUUGUUGUUGCGGCUUCACAUGUAAUGGUUGUGUACUUUGAUACAUACUCCGGUUUAAUCGGCGCGGCUUUCGUGAACGGAGUCGGUGUUGGCAAUAUCAUCGCACACGUAGCGGUGGUUAUGUUUGAAAUCUACGGGAUAGAAGACUUCGCGCCGUCAUUCGCUUCGUGGAACAUAAUGAAAGGUGUUGGAAACUUAAUGGGAGGAUCGUUAGGUGGCGUUAUACAAGAUACAACUGGCAGCUAUGAUUUGCUCUUUCAGAUUUCAGCGAUAUUAAGCGUGUUCUACUCUUUUUCCUUUGCAGGAAUAUGUGUUUAUAGGUGGCGUCGAAGCCGGACAUAUAAAUUAAUAAUGUAG